AUGAUCGUUUCUUGGGACUCCUCAUUCAGCUCAAUAAACUUGCAUCUCCAAAUUACCUGUCUUCCCCAGCUACUUCAGUUACUUUGCUUCGGCGUCCUCUUCAUCCUCCUACAAGCAAUGUCUCCUUCUUUCGACUACUUCGGCAAAGCUAGCAGUGUCCGCAACCUCCAAGAGGACAAAGUCAACAAUUUCGUUGACCAACAAAUUCGCCAUCCCCCUCCAGCGCCGAAGACGGACGUUUACUAUAACCCUCGCCUCGACCCCAAACGUUUCGUGGAGGGCCCAUUGUCUCCCAACCCUGCGACUCGACUCCGCCAAAUGCUUGUGCGUCCUGGAAUUGUGGUCGCUCCCGGAAUUUGCGAUGGAAUCAGCGCUCGUUGUGCUCUGGAAACAGGGUUCUCCUGCCUGUACCAAAGCGGUGCAGCCACGACCGCGUCUCGUCUAGGCCAGCCAGAUCUUGCCAUUGCGACCCUCAACGAUUUCACACAAGCUGCUGAGAUGGUCUGUAGUCUCGACUCUGUAACACCCGUCAUUGCCGAUGCAGACACUGGAUUCGGUGGUCCCACAAUGGUGGCUCGCACGAUAAAACAGUAUGCGAGAGCAGGCGUAGCAGCAUGCCACAUCGAAGACCAAGUGCAAACGAAGCGCUGUGGACACUUGCUCGGCAAACAAGUUGUUUCGCGGGAGGAGUUCCUCACCCGCAUUCGAGCCGCAGUUUUGGCCCGCGACUCUAUUCCAGGAGGCUCCGAUUUCGUAAUUAUUGCCCGGACAGAUUCUGCUCAAGUUCUGGGAAUGGAAGAGGCAGUGUUGCGCCUUAGAAUGGCAGCUAAUGCUGGCGCAGAUGUGUGCUUCAUCGAGGGAGUACGAACCAAGGAACUGCUCGAAUCGACCGUGGCUGCUCUCGCACCUAAACCAGUUCUCGUCAACGUUAUUUCGGGUGGUUUGACUCCAGCCUUCACAUGCAAAGAAGCGGAGGCAAUGGGUGCCAAGAUCAUCAUUUUCUCGUUGGUCUCAAGCGUCGCAAUGGUUCAUGCUUGCCGAGCAGCGAUGCAGGCCCUGAAGAAGACUGGAACAGACUUUUCCACAUCUCAAGGCAUGGACCCAAAGCAAUUCUUCGAAGUCAUGGGCUUGAAUGAGGUUGUUGAAUUCGAUGCUCGAGCCGGUGGAUCGGCCUUCCAAGUAAUCUGA